CUCUCUCUCCCCACCCCCACCCUUCACCUCGUACACACACACACAGACACACACACAGACACACACACAGACACACAUCAAACACUAACUCUGCUAAUGAAUUAGUGAGCCGCAAGCAGCCAAGCAGCAGCACCUCCUGACCGCCAUUCCGCACCCAAAAAAAAAAAAAAAGAACCCAAACCAAAAAAAAAAAACUUUCCAUUUUCCUCUUCCCACUCUCUGGGACUUCCUUUGCAUUUCGGUGUGUGCAGAGGGGGGAGGAGGAGGAGGAGGAGGAGGGGGAAGGGGGGAGAGUUGGGAUUUACAGUCUCCUUUAACGCUUGCUGGGACCUUGGAAAAAAAGAAGAGUUACACCAUGUACAGCAAGUGAAAGAAAAGUCUUGUGUGUUUCCAACAGAAGUUGAGGCUUUUCCCCCGCUGCUUCCAGGAGUGAAAAGCGUUGCCUUUAAUACACUUGGAGUGAGCUCAUAGGAUAAGAAAAAAAAUCACAUAUUGUACAUCGUUCAUUUCAUCUGCUCAUAUUGGGAUGGAGGAUUUCCCUGGCUUCUCACUUCUGAGAGGUAAUUGAUGAUAGAAAACUGACCUAAAAGGAAAAUCCAGAGAAAAUUGGGAACUUGCCUUCGUUUGCCCCUGAGUACAGUGCACUGUUUUGGACUCUGCUAUUUCCAGGGAUUUUUAGAAGGCAUCCCCAUCGAAUGGGGAAGGAAUCCCAUAUAAGAGACUUAGGAACCUCUCCUCCAAGCAGACACUGUGCUGUUCAUGUUGUUGGAUCCUUGAAGGCUCAUUUAUAGAACGGUCCACACAUGAAGUCACCAUAAAGAGGGUGGAUCACACUUCUUAUAAACCUCAUCAUUUUGAGGUGGGGCUAAGAUGAGCAUAACCAGCGACGAAGUGAAUUUUUUGGUAUAUCGUUAUCUCCAGGAGUCAGGUUUUUCCCAUUCGGCCUUCACAUUUGGUAUUGAAAGUCACAUCAGUCAAUCCAAUAUCAAUGGAACACUAGUGCCACCUGCUGCCCUCAUCUCCAUUCUUCAGAAAGGCCUGCAGUAUGUGGAAGCUGAGAUCAGCAUCAAUGAAGAUGGUACAGUCUUUGACGGCCGCCCCAUAGAGUCCCUAUCGCUAAUAGAUGCCGUGAUGCCUGAUGUUGUACAGACCCGACAGCAAGCAUUCAGAGAAAAAUUAGCUCAGCAGCAAGCCAAUGCAGCAGCAGCAGCUGCAGCCGCCGCUGCCGCCACGGCCGCAGCAGCUGCGGCCACCCCAGCAACCGUCUCUCAGCAAAACCCACCAAAGAAUGGAGAAGCCACUGUGAAUGGGGAAGAGAAUGGGGCACAUGCAAUAAAUAAUCAUUCAAAACCGAUGGAAAUUGAUGGUGAUGUUGAAAUUCCACCCAACAAAGCAACAGUCCUUAGGGGCCAUGAAUCUGAGGUGUUCAUUUGUGCCUGGAACCCUGUCAGUGAUCUCCUAGCAUCUGGGUCUGGAGACUCAACUGCAAGAAUAUGGAAUCUUAAUGAAAACAGUAAUGGUGGUUCUACCCAGCUAGUUUUGAGGCAUUGUAUACGAGAAGGAGGACAUGAUGUCCCUAGUAAUAAAGAUGUAACUUCAUUGGACUGGAAUAGUGAUGGAACACUGUUGGCUACAGGUUCAUAUGAUGGUUUUGCAAGAAUAUGGACAGAAGAUGGUAACCUGGCAAGCACCUUAGGUCAACAUAAAGGUCCCAUCUUUGCUUUAAAAUGGAACAAAAAGGGGAAUUACAUUUUGAGUGCUGGUGUUGAUAAAACAACAAUAAUUUGGGAUGCCCAUACAGGAGAAGCUAAGCAGCAGUUUCCUUUUCACUCAGCCCCUGCCCUGGAUGUAGAUUGGCAGAACAACACUACUUUUGCAUCCUGCAGCACAGACAUGUGUAUUCACGUAUGCCGACUUGGCUGUGACCGCCCAGUCAAAACCUUCCAAGGACACACAAAUGAAGUCAAUGCAAUCAAAUGGGAUCCUUCUGGAAUGCUGUUAGCAUCCUGCUCUGAUGACAUGACGUUAAAGAUUUGGAGUAUGAAGCAAGAUACAUGUGUCCAUGAUCUUCAGGCCCACAGCAAAGAGAUAUAUACCAUCAAAUGGAGUCCAACAGGACCAGGCACCAGCAAUCCAACCUCCAACAUCAUGUUAGCAAGUGCAUCAUUCGAUUCUACUGUCAGACUGUGGGAUGUCGAACGGGGAGUUUGCAUUCAUACACUGACCAAGCACCAAGAACCUGUCUACAGUGUAGCAUUUAGCCCUGAUGGAAAGUACUUGGCUAGUGGUUCUUUUGACAAAUGUGUCCACAUCUGGAAUACUCAGAGUGGAACUCUAGUACAUAGCUACAGAGGCACUGGAGGAAUCUUCGAGGUGUGCUGGAAUGCUAGGGGAGAUAAAGUAGGAGCGAGUGCAUCUGACGGCUCUGUUUGUGUUCUAGAUCUGCGGAAGUAAAGGCAAAUGCCUAUAGAAAAAUUUUUAAAUGGACCAGCAGUGAAUGUGUGGGGUAGCAGCACUCUUCAAAAACAAUUCUAACAGCUCAAAACUGUACAAACUUGACUUAAGUUAGAGUGUACGAUGAAAACAACUCUCCCUGGCCACAAGGAGUCUAGUAUUUUUCUGUAAUCUUCAUCAAGGAGUAAAACACACACAGACACACACACACACACACACACACACACACACACAGAGUCAUAUCACAGGGGAAAGGAUGGUUUCCACCUGGAACAUUCAGCCUUGGAAGCAUGAAGCCACCAGCUAGACACUGCAACUGUUUGUUGGGUUUGCAUCUGAGAACUCUUUCUGAUGGCUGGGAAAAAAAAAACAAAACCAUGAAAGCUGUGCCAAAAAACAAACAAAAAAAAA